AUGGCGCCCAGCUCGGUGGCAGGUUGGUCGCCCUUGCCGCUGAGCAGCUCCGAGUGCGGGCUCCCGCACUUCCUGGUAGACGUGUCGUGCUCCGAGGUCUUGAGCACGCAAGCGCCGGCCUCCGUGAGGAACGAGCGCUGCUCGAUGUUGUCCUGCGGCAGCUCCUCCUGCAGGUCCGUGACGUGCUCCUUCACCCGCUGGCCAGGCCGGGCGGGGCACCUCCAGCUUCGUGAGCACGUCGAGCAGGAGCUCUGGAUCAGGAUGGGCAGCGAGGCGCCUUCCUGCGCGAAAGGCCGCGGGGGCCAGCUGGGCGCCCGCGAGGGCGGCGCCGUGGAGGAGGCGGACGAGGCGGAGCCGCGCUGGGGCCCCGCGCGGCUGAGCACCGCGGAGAGGGGGGCGAGGUCGUUGCUGGGGUCGGAGGCUGACGAGACGGAGGUGCCCUGGGGCCUGGCGCGGCCAGGUGCCCCAGAGAGGGCGGCGGGGUCGCUGCCGGGGUCGCUGCUGGGGUCGGACGCGGGCGAGGAGAGGAGGGAGAAGAAAGACAAGAAGGAGAAGAAGGACAAAAAGGACAAGAAGGAGAAGAAGGAGAAAAAGCAGAAAAAGGCGGGCCGGGCACAACCUGGGGGAUGCCAGGCUUCGGGCGACGAGAUCCCUGGCCAGGCUCAUCCUGACACCAGGAUCUGUGUACAUACGCCCUCCGGGCCGAGCCAGGAGGGCGUGGUUCAUGCACCGCUGCUGGGUUCAGGAUGGGCUUGGCCAGGGAGAAGCGGCUAUGCAUAG